CGAUGACGUAACGAAAGGACAAAUGGAUUUACCGCGAGGUCAUUCGGCCUCUCCGAGCCGCCGGUUGCAUCUACACGGAGCCGCCAUCUUAAGAUACUGAGAGACACAGCUCCGGCAGCAGGCAGGACGCCACCAUGUACCCCACUUCUUUGACGCAGUUGGCCCGGGGCAACCCGUUCAGCGCUCCCCUCUUCUCGCUCCAGAAGGUGGAAGAACCCCAGCAGAAGCACCAAGGACAGAGCCCCCGCAGACUGGCAGCAGCCGCCACCGCAGACGAUGAAGUCAGCUGUGAUUUUGGCUCAUCAAAGUACUAUGCCCUGUGUGGUUUUGGGGGUAUCCUGAGCUGCGGCCUCACACACACAGCAGUUGUACCCCUCGACCUUGUCAAGUGCCGUCUGCAGGUGAGCCCAGAGAAAUAUCAGAGCAUUGGCAAGGGCUUCUCAAUUACAUUGAGGGAAGAUGGAGUCAGAGGUCUGGCAAAGGGCUGGGCUCCCACCUUCAUCGGAUACUCCAUGCAGGGACUGUGCAAGUUUGGCUUCUACGAAGUGUUCAAGAUCUUCUACAGUGACCUGAUGGGAGAGGAGAACACCUACCUGUGGAGGACAUCGCUGUACCUGGCAGCCUCAGCCAGCGCAGAGUUCUUUGCUGACAUAGCUCUGGCUCCCAUGGAGGCUUGUAAAGUUCGUAUCCAAACCCAGCCAGGCUACGCCAACACCCUCAGACAGUGUGCCCCCAAGAUGUUCGCAGAGGAGGGGAUCUGGGCUUUCUAUAAGGGUGUGGUUCCUCUGUGGAUGAGACAGAUUCCCUACACCAUGAUGAAGUUUGCCUGCUUUGAGCGCACUGUUGAGCUGCUCUACAAGUAUGCUGUUCCUAAACCCCGCAGCGAGUGCAGCAAAAGCGAGCAGCUGGUGGUCACCUUCGUGGCUGGUUACAUUGCUGGUGUGUUCUGUGCCAUCGUGUCCCACCCCGCUGACUCUGUGGUGUCUGUGCUGAACAAGGAGAGUGGCAGCACUGCUAUCGGUGUCCUCAAGAAACUGGGACCCAAAGGUGUGUGGAAGGGUCUGGUUGCCCGUAUCAUCAUGAUUGGUACUCUGACUGCCCUGCAGUGGUUCAUCUAUGACUCAGUCAAGGUCUACUUCCGCCUGCCCCGCCCCCCUCCCCCCGAGAUGCCCGAGUCCCUGAAGAAGAAGCUGGGCCUCACAGAGUAAACCCCCCCCCCCGCACUCCUUCACAUCCAACAUUGAGCCGCAGUCUGCAGCUGAAAACACCUGAACCCCCAACUUCCACAGCACACACAGCAGUUUUCUAUAUUUAUGCCCCCAGCUGCUGCUGCUCUGCACAGAGCUGCUGCUGCUACUACUCAUGUAUAUUUAAAAAAGGAGCAAGGAGAAGAUGGAGCUGUCUCUCUUGGUUUACCAAGAGUCCGACAGAGAAUAUUCCUCUGUAGAAACAACUGUCUGGUUUUAUCAUUUAUUGUCAUUAGAAAAUGUGGAAAUUCUAAUAAAAGUAAUAAUUCCCUGGAAA